GGCGACGGACCCGCCACCGUCCGACCGAGCUACUGCCCCCGUCCGGCCGACCUUACAGGGUGCACGCACGUCCCCCUGUUGUUGUCUUAUUUUUCGCAUGUCUAUAAGCUUUAAUCUCAACGUGCUAGAUUCCAUAAGUGACAGUGAGGUCGGUAUAGGUGACCCCAACUCUGCCGACGAAUUCCCUUCCCCCGGAAAUGAGGAUACUGAGCUCCAUGCGCUUCCCGGGCCUGGCCAUCCUCUCCGAAUUGCCGACCCUGACCCGGUAGAGUAUACCGACCUGGGGUAGGACACCCCUCGUACCACCUUCGCCGACCUCUCACCUCACCAGUGGGAGAAGGCUAGGAAAACUGUGGAGUCGGGUGCCGAGCUGGCGGAGCCUUUGCCUAGUGACAAUGUCACGGAGCCCCCGAGUGGUCACCACUUUGGCAUUCACGUCCUGUCUUUGUUGAAUGGGUUCCGGUUUCUUCUCCAUCCCUUCGUGGUGGACCUACUCAAUUUUUAUGAGAUCGGUCCGGGUCAGUUGGUCCCAAACUCCCACUACGUGGUCUUGGUCUUCCUCCUUAGGUGCCAAGAGAUCCAUGUCGAGCCAUACCUUGAUUUGUUCAACUUCCUCUUCCACGUCACCGUCUUUUUUGGUUAAGCAAGUAAAGGCUGGGUGGCCUUCUCGGCUCGCCCACACAUGAAAAUCUUCCAAGACAUUCAAUCGUCUAACCACCAAUGGAAGUCCUCGUUUGUCUAUGACUCCGUGGGCCCCGAGCUACCCUUCGCGUUUUCGUGGAACACCCGGUUUCGGAAGCACGUGACCCCCGGGAAAGUGAGAUUAUGAGGAGGGAUGUUUAUGCUUUUCGCCACCCGGGCCCCCAUAUUUAUAUAGUACCCAUGUUGACCGAGGAGAACAUGGUACGUUUAGGCUUCACCCCGAGUACCUUGCUUCCACCCCCGCCCCCGAGCAGCCGUGAUGACGCCCCCGACCCCGGCCCAGAGCCCAUCUCGGUGGACACGAAGACCGAGGUCGAGGAGGACUCGGGGAGCUUGCUUUCGAGUUUCUUCGUGCUCCCGACCCCGAGGUCGACCCUCGUAGCUCGACCACGAUCGCGCCUUCUCAUGUGGAUUCUCCGGCGUCUUUGUCCGAGAGCGAGCUAGCACUCUCCAUCGCCGUUCCUGGAGGUGGAGCAGAUACCAUGGCCAGUCUGGGAGAUUUGUUGGAGGAGCUGCGUGAGUCCAAGAGGCGCAGGACCACGGCCCGGGGUACGAGUUGUGCCACCCGAGCUUCCACAGUCGGGCAGCGUGCGAGUCGCGAAGCGGCCCCAUCCGGCUCGGGUCCCGUUUCUCUUGGUGCCCCUCGGCCACCCCCACCUCCACCGCGCACGAGUCCCGCGCGCAGCUGCUUGGACGCCGCCCAAGCUCGCGCGGUGCUCCAGCCUGUGACCUUAGCUCCUGGCGCGGAGUUCUUUCGGGUGGAGGAUGCUGCUACUCAUGCCUUAGAGGCUGUUCAGCGCUGGGUUGCUCUCGCCGAUACUUACGACGCUACCAGGGCGCAGGUGGGCGCGCUUACCCAGGCACUGGAGGCGUCGAGGCGGUCCCACCGCCUCGAGCUAGAGAAAAUGCGUGGGGAGCUGGAGAAGACGCGUGGGGAGCUCUCCCGUGUCGUCCUUACUUUUCUGGAGUCCGAUGAUUUCAAGAUCAAGGCGAUGUCCUAUGCUCGUGAUCACAAGGCGGAGCUGGUGGAGGAGUGGCUUGCCUCGGACGAGGGUCGUCACCGGGUGGCCGUCGAGAGCUUGGCGGCUUAUGAGAUGGGCCGGUUCCGUAUGCAAGACAAGAUAUACACCAUCCUUCGUCAGCAGGACAGCUCUUUUGACCCGGUGAAUAGAGGUCUGCCGGAGAUGGAGUCCAACCCCGAGCUGGCCGCCCUUGACUCCCAUGUGUCGUCGGGCGGUAACAACACGCGAGAGGAGCCCUUAGACUUGGCCGCCUUUGAUCGGUCCGUUACGGCGAACCCCCUUCCCGCCGGCUCUAUCUCUCCCACCUUGGCGGAUCUUCAGUUUCCCGGGACAUUGGAGGAGUACGCUGCGGAGGUCACUGCUCACGAUGUUGCCACUGACGGCCCAGACUUGAAUGCCUAGACUUGCUUUGAUCUCCUGUUUUGUUCUUCUUUUUGCUAUGCGCCGACUUGAUGUUUUGAUUGCUUAGGUAGCAAAACUUGUUCCUACUUUUGCUAUGUACUAAACUCGAAUGCUUUUUGGAUAUUUUGAAUGAAUAAUUGGCUAUUUUGUUUUGA